AUGCUUCUGCCUGGUUAUCGAAUCCGUUUGGGCUCAAGCACAGACAAAAAGGACACCGGGCGGCUCCACGUUGACUUCGCUCAGGCCAGAGACGACUUGUACGAGUGGGAAUGCCGCCAGCGCAUGUUGGCCCGAGAGGAGCGUCACAGACGCAAGUUGGAGGAGGAUCGCCUACGGCCGCCGUCCCCUCCUCCCAUUGUCCACUAUUCAGAGCACGAGUGCAGCCAGCUGGGAGACAAAAUCAAAGACGACGGUAAGUUUCCAGAGGCCGUCCGCGUGCUCCUGACCUGGCUGGAACGGGGCGAAGUCAACCGCAGGAACGCCAACAACUUCUACUCCAUGAUCCAGUCCUCCAACAGCCACAUCCGCCGGCUGAUCGGCGAGAAAAGUCAACACGAGAAGGAGAUGGAGGAGGCCAAGGACAAGUUCAAGACGGCGCUGGCUGGCAUAGUGGCUCAAUUUGAACAGAUUGUGUCUGUAUUCCAAGCUGCUUCCAAACAAAAGGCAUGGGACCAUUUCUCCAAAGCUCAGCGCAAGAACUUGGACAUGUGGCACAAACAAGCCGAGGAGAUCAGAAACAUGCACAACGAGCAGCUGAUGGGCAUCAGGCGAGAAGAGGAGAUGGAAAUGUCUGACGAUGAUAUGGAGGACGUCCCUGACAGCAAAGACUCUGAGGACUCAGGUGUUUCCCAAGCAGAAGCCUUAAAGGAGGAGAACGACUCGCUACGCUGCCAGCUGGACGCCUACAGGAACGAAGUGGAGCUGCUCAAACAGGAGCAGGGAAAGAACCAGCCAGUCUGCAGCGAGGAGGACACCACUCAUUCACAGCAGCUCAGCUUCCUGCAGCAGGCUCUGCAAGGCAUGCAAAAGCAACUGUUAAAAAUGAGGGACGAACUGAAGCAGCGGGAGGCGGAGCUGGAAAAGAGCCUCGAGGACAAACAGCAGCUGAAGUCGCAAGUCCAGAAUCUGAAGGAAGGUCUGCAGAAGCUGCAGAGCACACACACAAUGCAGCUGGAGAUGUCAAACCCGGGCAAUGGAGGCAAAGACGACGGCAACAACAAGACUGUUGAAGCCACACUUUCAGCAGUGGUGUCCUGCAGUCAGGAGAAAAGAGGUCCCACAGAGAAAAACUCAACAAGUCCCAUUCACUCGGAGAGGGAAGCCCUGCUAGUUGGGAUCAUCUCAACCUUCCUGCACGUCCACCCGUUUGGAGCCAGCAUCGAGUACAUCUGUUCCUACCUCCAGCGUUUGGACACCAAGAUUAACCCCAGUGAGGUGGAGGCUCUUCUUUCCCGGCUGCCCUGCACCUUCAGGCAGGAGUUGACUGGCGUCGGAGCGAGUUUGGAGAAACGCUGGAACUUCUGCGGCUUUGAGGGCAUCAAGAGCACUUAGGCUCCGCAGGUGACACUUCUGGGGCUUCGAGAAGACGACAGGCAACACAGACUUUGUAGCAAUGUGAAAGAUACAGUAUCUAGCUCACAAGUAUCAAAGACUCGGUACUGAACCCUGACUGUACAAGGGACACAGAGGACUGAUCUCAGAUCAAGCGGGAAUGUUACAUGAGCACUUCAGGGACUGUGUAGGUGGCAGAGACUUUAAACAUCAUCGCUGUUGAGACCAAGCACCCAUGAUGGAGUUCUCAGAAGCUUGAUCUCCGAGUUCCUGUGCAUCUGCAAAAUAUUUUUAGACAUGAUGACUCCCUGGGAGUCGCAGAGGAGCACCAGUUUCUACCGUCACUGGAUCAUCACGUAGUUUUGCCCACAGGAGCAGAGCGCGGUGCGUUCGGAGCCGACACGUGACUAUGUAAGGUAUCAGGUCUACAGGGCUAAUCCAGGAGGAGAUGAGGGUGUGUCCUCCCAACCCGUCGACCUCCUUCUCUUCUCUUUUUGCUGUUGCCGGUUUGUAACAUAGAUCAAAAACGAAUAUAUUUCUUCAUUUUCUGUAAAGGCUGUCAGCAGUUGCAUAGACUCAUUUGUUGUAAUACACUGUAAAUGCUUGGAUGAUAUUUUUGAAUAUAAAAGACAUUUGAAUAUCAAGAAAA